GACUUUUCCGGUCGCGCCGGUGUCUGGAAGCCGUCGGUCAUUUCCCCCCCUGUUUGUUUGUUUGUAACGAUACUUUACUUUCUAUUCAGUUCGUGUCGCGGGUCAUUUCCCCACUCCUGCAUCAGAACUGCUUCAACCCGCGUCUCGUUGACCGACGUUUGGAGUUGAAUCUCUCCCAAAGUGAAGCUUGUGAGGAGUUGGUGACGGUGACGACGCCAGAGGAGAGAAGCAGAAGAAGAGAGGAAGCAGAAGAAGGGAGGAAGCAGAAGAAGGGAGGAAGGAGGGGGCGGCUAGUGAUGAUUUGAGCAGCUGACAGUUGGGAGUAGUAUAAGAGCGUGCGCUACAAUGUGGACUGAUAAGCACAGAGGAAUCAGAGUUUCUAAGGAGGAGCUGCUCUGCAAGAACGCUUGUGGGUAUUAUGGAAACCCUGCGUGGCAGGGCCUCUGCUCCAAGUGCUGGAGAGAGAGGGCACGUCCAGCUGGAGCCCAGAGACAAGACACCAGACCGAGAAGUGAUGGGAGUCCUCUCACCUUCUCCAAAUUUGAGGAGAAGAAGAACAUUGAGAAAGGUCAUCGGAUUAACACGAUGAAGAGACUCUUCUGGGGAAGCCCAUCACCCCCAAAACCCCAAGAGUCUCCUGAAAGCAAAAGAAAUGCGCUCAAAGCCUAUCAGAGCCUUGAGCCCGGCGACUUCACCGGUUUCCUAAAAAUACUACGGAGCCCUUCCUCCCAGCGCUUGCAGUCCCGAUGCACAGCUUUUCUCAACACAGUCGAGGCUUACCAUGAUCUGCCGGUACAAAAACAGUCUGACCUUGUGCAGGAUUUCUACCAGUCUUUUGCUGAAUAUUUUAGCAGCUUUUCCGAGGCUCAGGUCACUCAGAUAAUGGAGCAUGUAGAGAAGUUAAUAAUGACACGGUUGCACAAAUGGGUUUUCUGCCACGACAGCUGCGAUGAUGAACUAAAGGACCUGGCUCUCCAGAGAAGGAUACGCUCCUUGAACUGGGUUACGCCGCAGAUGCUCAGCGUUCCUUUUCCAGAUAAAAAGACUGCGGUCACAAGCGACCCCUUUCUGCCUGCUAUAACAGCCAUAAUUGAAAUGGAUGCCAAACGAGCGCCACAGGACAAACUUGCCUGUGUGUCCAAAUGCAGUCAGCACGUCUUCGAGGCACUCUCCAACUCGAACAGUGAACCCGCAAAUGCUGAUGACUUCCUCUCAGGGCUGAUUUAUGUGGUGCUGAAGGCCAAUCCCCCCCGGCUUCACUCCAACAUGCAAUACGUGAUCCGGUUUGGCCUCCCGCAUAGUCUGAUGGCUGGAGAGAGCGGCUACUAUUUCACAAAUUUGUCUUGUGCUGUGGCCUUCAUUGAAAAGUUGGAUGGACCAGCACUAAACCUCAGUCCAGAAGAGUUUGAGGGCUACAUGCUGAAUCAGCGCGCUCCCUCUGGAAGAAACAAGAGGCAGCAGACUGCCGGUGACACACAGCACCUGUUAGAGGAGCUGACAGGCAGACAGGAGAAGCUGCACCAGGGGAUGGAUACUCUCAACGUGCAGCUACAAAAGUGGGUGCAAGCAGUUCAUUCACAACUGGAUGAGGCAACAGCACAAUUCUCUCUGGUACAGAAGGAGAUGACAGCUCAGGCUGAGCUCUCGCAUGUUUUUUCACCCUCAUCUCAUGAUGUAUCGCCUCAAGGGGACGACAAAGAGCAGCUGCUGCAGGAGCUUACAGAUCAAAAUGCAGGUCCUCAAGAUAUCGACUGUUAGCAAUGGUUACAAAAACACCUAAUAUCGCGCUUAAUCAUCAGCACUAAUUUGUGUAGUUAAAAAAACAUUUAUAUUCAAAUGCCAAUUUGCACAGGUUUCGACUGUAGAAAGAUAGGAUUUGUAGACUAGCUGAUCAUGAAGGAAAACUUUGUGAAGGAAACUUUUUUGCAUUAGGUAUCAUGGGGCACAGUUUUUUAGUGAUUUGUAUUUGUACACUGGAAGGAUGAAGGCCAUUAAAAUACAUUCCAUUUUGAAGUAACCACUCAGGGUACACAGUACUUGGGGAUAUCACCUAACACUUGUUUAAUAUUCACUGGUUUCUAAUGUUGUACACCAAUGUGCCUAUAUGUAAACUGUUGUGAAAUUUUAAAAAUGUGACAGAAAAAGAUAAAUGUUAGCUGGAAGUUGUGGACCACUAGUCAGAGGGUGUUUUUGAACAAACCAUGUUUUGAAUAGGAUGCAUUCAUGGUUUGAAGAUGAAAAAAGUGUUGUUUCUAGCUGUUAAAAGGUGUUUGGAAAAAAAAAUGAAGGGGUUUAUGUUAUGAUUGACAAUUAAAUCCAAAAUUAGAAUAAAGUUAUAUAAUAAAAAGGUUUUGAAAGA